AUGGGAGUGGGACUGAAGAGGCAGGAGAUGUGGCGGGCGGCGGCGGCUCCGACGGCGAGCGCAGCAGGAAGGCAGCAAGCCCUCGCCAGCAACAGUGCCACUGCCACUGCCAAGCCGUUGGCUGAAAGGUCUCGGCCAGCUCAGCGAGGGAUGGGUGGCCCAGACAACGCGUGCCACAACUUCCGCGGUGUCCGGCAGCGCCGGUGGGGCAAGUGGGUGGCCGAGAUCCGCGAGCCCAACCGCGGCAAGCGCCACUGGCUGGGCACCUUCAACAACCCCGUCGACGCGGCUGUCGCCUACGACCGGGCGGCCGUGUCCAUCCACGGCGCCCACCACGCGCACCUCAACUUCCCCGCGGACCACGCCGCCGCGGCGCCGGCCCAAUGCCAUCCAUCGUCCUGCUCUGCCGACGUAUUCCAGGAGCAUGAGGUAAAGCCGAUGGUUGCUGCUGCGCUGGGCGGCGGCGGCGGCGGCGCAGAGACCGUCAGCCAGCAGCAGCAGCAGGGCACUCCUUGGAUUUCACCUGAUGGUCCGUUCGACAUCGACCCUCAUGACAUUGCCAUGUACAUCGAUUUCGAUGCGGUAUCCGACAUGGUGCCCUUUUAUCCUGGCAUCAGGAGAGAGGAUUGCCAGCGUGAGGGGUUCGACGGCGACGCCGUUCACUCGACGCUGUGGGCGCUGGGUGACUGA